AUGCCAGCUUCUACUUCUACAUCUACCGCUACUGAAACUAUUCCUCUAGCUGAACAAAAAUUACAUGAUAUGACCAUUGAACAACAAAAGGAUCUAUAUGGGGAUGAACAAGUCUUCAAUAAUUACAUUGUCAACUUAGCUGAUAGAGUAAGAAGCUCCAUUGGUGGUGGUUAUUCAUUACCAAAGGAAAAGAUUGAACCAGUUAAGGCCAAUGUUGAAACCUUUCCAACUCUUUAA